CACUUGCGGACAGCUGAUCGUGGAUCGGUGGCAGCAUGGUGCAAUCGACUGCGUGGGCGACCGAGCGCGCGCUCCUGCUCGUCCUCUCUGUCUCGUCACUGCUGCUCGUGACUGUCUACCUCAGCGCGUCGAGCACAUGGCUGCGGAAGGACGUCUACCUCGGGCGGGCGACGCCCUUUGCCGAGGUCGCGGCCAUGCGUAGCGAACGCCACCUGAAUACCGCGACCGGCGUCCGCUGGGAGCUCUCGUUCUGGGAGUACUGCCUCACGUCCCACAUGGGCGCCAACGCGACGACGAUCUGCACGCUGUGGAAGGAGGCGUGCCGCCACGCCGACUUGCAUCACUCGCCCGUCUGCGACGCGAUGAGCUCGCUCCAGAGCCUCGGGUUCCUCUCGCUCACGCUGUCCAUCUCUGGGCUGUAUAUCGGGUACCGGACGAUCGCGUACAACCCGUUUCCGUCGGCCGCGGCGCUGCUACUGCCGCUCUGGUGCCUCGCACUCCGCGCGCUGCAGCUCGGCUUUGACGCUGGCAUGCUCCUCGUGACGUUCCCGCUCUUGGCGCCGAGCAGCGUCUUUCCGUACGGCCUCGACGUUAGCGACGGCAUGUACUACUGCGUCGCCAACAUGUGCGCGUCGCUGGGGAUUGGCGGCGCGGCCGUCUUUGUCUUCCUCCGAAACCAAGCCGCCCCGCGCGACGAGUACGUGCUCUUCCGCACCACGGACGAGAGCGAUGACGACGAUACGGAGCGCAACGCUCUGCAUGGCGCCUAAGACAGGUACGACGGAUCAUAGCGUCGCCCGCAUCAAAAGCCACGGUGGCGAUGUACACUUUGUCUAUUUUUUCCGUGAUAAAAAGGUAGCAGUGGGUUAAUAUAUAUAUAAGUGCGA